AACUGUGAGGUAAGGGUUUAGGAUUAACAGUUUGACAGCCAGAUACGACUGAUUAAGUAUUGGUUCAUGCUGUUAUUAAUAUGAACCCUGGAUCAAGUCAUCAAAACAAGGAGAGCUUGUCAAGUUCUAAAUUCAAAAAGUGAAUGAACAAUGGAGAGAGGGAAUAGUCCUUUUCUGUGUGCCUAAACCAGCCAACCCUCUUGGCUUAAGUCUUUUGACACUCAACAGUAAAAAAUAAAAGUAGUACUUGUAAUAAAAAAAAGGCCACGGAAAAGAGAAGAGAGAAGCCCUUUUCUUCUUCCUUCUUCUCACUGCAUUCUUCCAUCUAUUGCUGCCCCUUCGUAAUCAUGAGUCCUUUUGCCAUCAUUACUAUGAAAAGCCUCUUUCUCUCUCUCUCUCUCUUUCUCUUUCUCAUUUUCAGAUAAGAACAUAAUAUCCCAGCUAUAUAACACUUGUUUUCUUUCCCUAGUUGGAUCACACAAGAUAACCAAUAAUCUCUUCCAAUCCUCCCUUUUAUCUUAGGUUUUUCCCUAUGAAAAACAAACCCUUUGUUUUUCCUCUCAGUCUUAAACAUCAUGUCCAUUAACUCUUCAGUUUCGAUUCCAAGUAAUUCCUUCUGCCGAAAACGUCCUUCCAAGCGACAUAAUAUUCGUGUUCGAAGACUCAACAGGUGGAGAAGGUCAAGGAAGGGAGCGGGAACAAAGAUGAUGAUAGUCUGCAUUAAUAAAACAGAUAUGCAAAUGAAGAACUUGAAACUGUACAUGGAGAAUCAAAGCAUCAUAGAAGAGAACGAGAAGCUGAGGAAGAAAGCUCUUCUCCUCCACCAGGAGAACCAAACCCUGUUGGCUCAGCUACAAAAGAAGUUGUCUAAUCCCCAAAAUCACUUUUAAAAAGCAAGAAAUAACCCACUAGCUCGCAUGUCUAAAUACUACCAUAGUAUAACACUAUGCCUGAUGGGGAGAAUUUAGGUAGAAAUAAUGAUGGAAUACUUGUUACUUAAGGGGGGAAGUGUUUGAUGUCUCAAAUCUCGUUCAUUUCACUUUUUUUUUUUGUCUAAAUUCAGUUUGUUAUUUAUAGCUUCGUUUUGGGAAUAAUUUUGGAGUUUUAUUUGUGUCUUAACUGUAUUCAGAAUGGGGAUAUGACAUUGAAGUUUAAUUUAGAGUUUAGCAGCUGCAUGUUGUUUUUUUAAUGGCAGAUAACUUUUUAUAAACGGGCAGCUAUCCAUUUCAUACUGAUCUAA